GAAAUACACGUGCGGUGAUUUUACUGCGAACAUAGUUAUUCCCGCAGAAAAAUUCAGUUGCAAAGAUCUGUGUUCAUUUUCUUGGUUGUGAUAGAAAAGAAUGCCAUAUUAUAUAAAUAGCUAUAUUUCUUUCUUAAAUUCACUUUGGCAUUUAAAUAAGUAAACCUGAAUGAAACUUAUUCAAAUUAAUCUAAACGAUUCUAAUGAUCCUAAACGAUCCUAGAUAAUUCCAAAUCCACCUAGAUUAACCUAACUUAAUUUCAGUUCGUAUAAAAAAUAUUUACACAUUUUGAAAAAAUGGGAAGAAUGAAUUAUUGCUAGGACGAUAAAUUUGUGGUUUCGUUGUAAUAGUACGAAUAAAAGUUUAACGUGAUUUGAGUAUGGUUAAAGAGAGAAAUUGAUAGUAAAAGUCGAAGAAUGAGAUCGAGAAUGAAUUGGAAGGUUUUAGUGGUUGGAUUCUUGAUGACGUUGGCGUUGGUGGACGUCUGUGUAGGGAACAACGGUACCUGGGAUAAAGUUCGCGAGAAGAAGGCGCGGAUAGUGAAGAAAUUGAAGAAGGAUAUCCGGAAGUUGAAAAAGCAAGAGGGAGCGGUUAAGUUGGUGGGUGGAGAGAACGGUGGACACGAAGGAAACGUGGAAAUACUUCACGAUGGGAAAUGGGGCAGCGUAUGCGACGACGAAUGGGAUUACUUGGAGGCCAAUGUGGUUUGCAGGCAAUUAGGCUUCGACGGUGCAAUUAAACCGACGUCGAACGGCCACUUUGGUCAGGCCAGAAGAAGAUAUUGGAUGGACAACGUGUAUUGCGACGGGAGCGAGAACGAACUGUCGAAGUGCCGCUUCGACGGAUGGGGUGCUUCCGACUGCGAGGGCGGCGAAGCAGCCGGUGUAAUUUGCGCCCGCGAGCAGCAAGACGAGGAGGAUGAAGGGAUGGCGAAGGGAAAGCCGAAAAGGAAGUCGGGGAAACGGAGAAUCAAGGAUAUCCAUCAACAGGGAGUGGCGAUAAGGUUGGCCGGCGGCCGUGUCCAUAACGAAGGCAGAGUGGAGAUCAAACUAGGAAAUUCAGAUUGGGGUGUAGUUUGUGGUGAUAGUUGGUCCCUAUUCGAAGCCGCGGUGGUUUGCCGGCAAUUGGGCCUAGGUUACGCCUCCGACGCCAUCCAGACCAACUUCUUUGGCGGCGAGAAGAUACCUAUGACCAUCAGUGGCGUACAGUGUCACGGAGACGAGAACAAUCUGAUCGACUGUCUGCACGACAAGCUUCUCGAUUGUCCAGGUCCGAUAGAGAACGUGGCAGGCGUAGUAUGUCUUCGAGAGAUGCCAGAUCUGGUAUUCGAUCACAUAGAACUCAUGCGAACGGCGCAUCUCGAGGAUAGACAACUAUACUGGUUACAAUGUGCUAUGGAGGAGAAUUGUGUUGCUUCUCAGGCUUAUAAGGUACAAAAGGAAUCGGAGAAUUGGCACCUAGAAACGAGGAGACUUUUAAGAUUCACUGCGAGAAUUUUAAACGCUGGAAUCGCGGAUUUUCGACCAUCAGUACCGAAACACCUUUGGGAAUGGCAUAUGUGUCAUAUGCAUUACCACUCGAUGGAGGUGUUCGCGACGUUCGACGUGUUGGACUUGAACGGAACACGGUUGGCAGAGGGUCACAAAGCGUCCUUUUGCUUGGAGGACAAUCAAUGCUUGCCUGGAGUGGAGCCGAGAUACAAAUGCGCCAAUUACGGUGACCAAGGUAUUUCCGUGAAUUGUAGCGACAUUUACAAGCACAACAUCGAUUGCCAGUGGGUGGAUAUAACGGAACUUCCAACCGGAGAGUAUAUUUUCAAGGUGGCGGUGAAUCCGGAGUUCAAAGUGGGCGAGAUGUCGUUCGACAAUAACGCGGCAAUUUGUCGUUUACUCUACACGGAAUCGUUCGCCACUGUACAUAGUUGCGUCAUGGGUCGGCCUUCAACUACGAACCUUUAGAUUCAUGAUUUCACGAUCUGAGCAAAGGACUUACGAGACUUGCGAGAAUCACGAUUCCACGAUACGUGCGGAGAAGGUUACGAUAAUCGCUAGAUCGCUCGUGUUUAUGUGUUCGUAGGAAAUUCAAAGGUGUAAAACCGCAGGAAAUUAUACAAAAUAUUUAAACUAUAGCGCUUCUUACGAUAAUUAAUCUUUGAAUCUUCGCUUGGACUUCAUUUCUGUAGAUCGUAUUCGUCAAAUUCUGAAUUUGCAUAAAUAUUCGAUUUCAAUGGAAGAGAAUGAACAUGGUUUAAUUGCGAUAUUAUUAAAUAAUAAAGAGUCUCUUGCUGGUAA